UCCAGACACUGACACGACAGGGUUUUUGUUGUCGCCUGUAGAAAAACUUCUCAGGUGAUGCUCAGUGUCUAAAAGUGUAACCUCCAUCACCUGUUGUACAUAAUGAAGGAUUCCGCGCGAGUUUUAUGUGAAAUGUUGGGGAUAUUUUUCAUGGCUGCUGGUUUUCUCCCACCACAUGUGUGGGCCCAAGUCAGCACGCAGAGCAUUGUGGUGGAGGCAAAGAACAUCACAGUUUCUGCGGGGUCAAGGGUCGUUCUGCCAUGUCAUAACCAGAAAAUUGUGUGGAGGCAGGACCAUCUUCGGGAUCGGCAACGUGUGGUGCACUGGGACCUGAACCGCAACCGCCCUGAUUACACAGUUGAGCGUGUUCUAGACAUGUUCUCAGGAGGGCCGGAGCGUGUCUAUAACGCCUACAACAAGGGCCGGGUCACUGUCUCCAAAGAAGCAUUUGAUGAUGGCAACUUCUCUCUCACCAUCCAUAAUGUUGAUAUGAACGAUAAAGGCAUCUAUACUUGCAACCUGCAUCACCAUUACUGCAAGAUCGACCAAUCCAUUCAAAUCCAGUUAAACGUCACCAAGUCACCACGUAAGGAGAGGCGUGUAUGGAAUGGGGAGAAGUCUGUCUUUGUGGUGUUGGAGGGCAGCAGCGUGGUCUUGCCUUGUAUAAACCGACGCCCUCUUUGGAGGGGAGGGCUCCAAGAAGACCAGCAGCAGGUUGUGCACUGGGACUUUCAGGGUCCGGGGGUGAGGCAUCACCAGGCAGACCGGCUUCUCGAUCUGUACGCCUCUGGAGAGAAGCGGGAGUACAGGCCAUUGUACCUCAGCAAGAUGCUCAUCGCAGAUGAUGCCUUCAGCAUGGGGGAUUUCUCCCUCACAAUUAAUGACAUUCAGCCAUCUGAUAAAGGUCUAUACUCCUGCCAUCUGCACCAUCACUACUGCGGCCUGCACGAGAGACGCAUCUUCCGGGUGAUCGUGGAGCCUCCUCUGCCGCCUGUAGCUGCCCCUACUGAGGCUCAGACCACUCAACUUGCUCAUACUGAAACCACACAAAAGCCAGAAGACAAGGAUAAUGACCCGGAUAUAAACAACGUGGAAGUCUCACAUGUGUUUAAUGUCAUCCUGCCUGAGAGCCAGACUCACCUUUUUCACCAGACUGGUUAUAUCCUGGCUUUCUUCCUGCUGCUACUGCUCAUGCUCAUAGGAAUCAUCAUGACCACAAGACACUGCAAAAAGAAAGGGCUGGAGUAUGACAUUCGGAGGGCUGACCGGAGUCACAGGAUGGAAAUUGAAAUGCAAGCUACUGAACUAAGACCCUUCAAUCAGGAAGUCCGGCUUGACUACAAGAACAACAUAAUGAAAGAGAGGGUGGAGAUGAACAACUAUUUUGCCCCAAAAGAGAUCGAUCUCAACAGAGAAAUGGAGAAAUUUUCAAAGAAGUAACUGAUGGCAGGCUGCUGGCUGGUCCAGGGCAUGUGCUACAGGAUUCAGGAAGACUGCAUGAGUACACAAUGGAGCUUUACUGUACAGUUAACAGGAGACUCUCCAACUCUAAAAACCCACAUGCUUGUAGUAUGUCUGUUUCUAAUGUAAUGAUUUGCAGUGAUCUGUGCGAAAACAUUUUCCUUGAAGUAAAUGUCAUUUGUGUAGUGUCAUUUAAAGGUCAGUAGUCAACAUUUUAUAUUAUAAAUAUAGUGUGCUGUAAUUCUAAUCUGUUAUAACAAGCGAAAACUAAUGCAGUGAAAACAGUAAGGUAAAUCGAUACUGAUGGCAGUUUCACUAAACAGUUUUGCCCUGCUAAAAUGAGCUCACCUGAUGGAACUUUCCAGAAGAAACGCAUUGGAUGCUUUUACUGAAACCAAAUUACAUGAUUAAGAAACACUCAGGAAGUUAACUAUUUGUGGUACCAGGGCUAUAAACCACAAGAUUAUGUACUUACGUAAGUGGUAUGAACUUCUCUUGUCUCCUUCAUAUAUGUACAUAAAUAUUCUGUUUAACUGUUAGUGCUAUUUUCCAAGCCUUUUGGUAGUUCGUCUUUAUUUAGUUUGAUUGUUUAUGUGCACAGCAGUUUUGCUAUCCUGCCACAUGAGCUUGACACACAGAGAGAAUUGUCAUUCUAUUUUAUAAUUAUGCCUAGAAAUGUGCAUUAUGCAGACUUGAGAAAGCUAUACAUAUUUAGUUUGCAUUUAUUACAUUUAUUUUCUCUUAGUAUGGCCCAGGUUUGCAAUUACGAUCUCAUACGACGCUGAUCUUGAUGACUCAGUUUUGGGCUUUUGACAAACAACACACUGACUCAUAAGGUCUUAGGUGACGUUACAGCUUUAUUAUGCGAUGCUUUUAGGAAACAGCAUUGAAACUGAAAUGGCUACAAAGAGGCAGAGCAGAUUCUACUGGUAUGAAAAUCUUUGUACGCAAAAUAUGGCAUUCGACUUUAAUAAACUACAUUUUUGAAGGAA